GCGAGGCGCCCAAUGGGAAGACGGUGCGCAUGCGUGGCCAAUUUGAAUCGGCGGCGGUUGGGGCGGCCGGGGAUGGAGCUGGAGGGCAUCGUGCGGAGCUAUGAGAUGCAGAUACAGAACUACCAAGGGCCGGACCCGCUGGACCCGUGGGACAGGUACGUGCGGUGGGUGGAAGGAUGUCUGUCCCCUGAAGAGAAGCAAAUCCGCCUGCCCGGGCUCCUGGAGCAGCUGGUGAAGGUGUUCCUGAGCGAUCAGAGGUACCACCAGGACCCCAGAUUUGUGAACUGCUGCGUUAAGCUGGCAGAGUUCAUCGCUCCUCCCGGCCAGUAUUUCAGCUACCUGUAUGGCCAGGGAAUUGGUGCAAAGACGUCAGACCUCUACGUGGCUUGGGCGCAGCAUCUCGCCAGCGAAGGCAACGUGCAGGCUGCAGGAGCCGUCCUGCAGAAGGGGCUGCACAACCAGGCGCAGCCACGAGAGACGCUGGAGCAGCUGUGCUGCUGGCUGCAGAACGCCGGUCCACGGAAUUCUCCUUUGCAAGGUGGUGCUGUUAUCAAACCCCUCCAGACUUCGCAUGCUGCCAACCAAAUGCCUCCUCAAAAAGAUGUUUCCAAUCUUAAUGACCCGGGGUGCGCUUCUAAAAACCAGGGUCCCGAUUGUGCUGCUACUCAGUCCUGUUCUGGUGGAAAAGAAGAAGUGCUGUAUGUUACGUACAUCUCCAAAUCUGAAGUCCUUCCUAAACCAUCGUCAACCGCUGUCGAAUGCGAGCAGAUUGCCAUGUACGAUAAAAACCUGCUCGUGUGCGAAGGCUUCGAACUGUCGUUUGAGGAGCUGAGAGCCAAGAGAUACUUCCAGAAACACGAGCGCCUCAAGAAAUGGCGAGAAUGGGGUGAAGAAGAGAGAGAAUCCACCAGGAAGAAGGAGUCGGCUCUGCUGGAGCUGCAGGCCCUGCAGCAGAAGCUGGACCAGCUCACCAAAAGCCUGGAGGAAACGGGGCUGAAACCAGCAACUGAGCCAAAGAGGACGGCGGCGCACCCACAGGCAGCACCCGGCGCAGCGCUCCAGCACAGCUGGAUGGCGCCUUGUCGAAGCCAAGAUGUGCAGGACGCCCGAGCCCUGGUGCCAGAUGUUCUUCAAUCGAGUGCUUCGGCAUCCGCCGCUCUGGUGCUGCCGCCGGGGAGACCCGCUGGCCAGCGGCUGAGAUCAACACCCCUGCGGGAGCCACCGUGUGGGACGGGGGCAGCCAAAACUCAGCCCGAGCUCGGGGAACUCCGGAACAGCGAGUUACACCCUCCGGUCGAUGUUUCAGCUCAGGAACCCGCACACGCUGGCUCAGCUCUGAACUGGAGCACUGGAGAACAGCACCCGAAGCAGAGAUCCGCUGGGCCGACUGCUUCUGCCGACCCCAAAGAAGCAAAACCAGGACCCUUCGCCUCUGGCCACGCUUCCCAAGCCACCCCGAACACCUCGCUGGGCGCGGCGACGCCGGCGGCGCCGUUCCGAGUGCAGCCCUCGCCCACCGUUCACACCAAGGAAGCGCUGGGAUUUCUCAUGGAUAUGUUUCAAAUACCCAUCUUGCCCGAAUCAUCUCCUCUUGAAGAAAGCGAGGAGCAAUUUGAAGUCUUUUGCAGAAAAGAUCCCGAUGGAAGCCUGGAAAGCAAUGUCUUUGCCCCUGUUGUGCCCGCAUUUUCCAUCUUUGAAGACGAGAAUGAGAAAGAGAAUGGCGGGAUCCCGCAGCAUAAAAACAAGGCAGAAGAGCCCAGAGCUAUUGGAGAACGUCCCUGGCCUGACUGCACAGCAAGUACAGAAGUAGAAACAGGGGCACCGGACUUCUGGAGGGACGAUUAUACAGUGUGGAACGCGCGAAGUAACGAGACGUUGGCUCCCAGCACGACCAACACCAGAGACUUUGCACGAGCUGCCCAGCUUGCAUCAACGCCGCUUACUUACCUGGCGGCACAUCCGCGGCAAGCUUUGGAGGACAAAGCCCGUGGGGAUGACUUGCCGCAGGUGGAUCUGGCGUUCCCUGAAGAGCUGCACAAUCAGACCAGAGCGAAGAAGCCACGUCCUGCCCUUGAACACAUCACAGAACAAGGAAGCGGCAUCCAAGGAGUUGCUACGGCUGCUUCUCAAAGGUUACAAGAGCAGGCUGCCACCAGCAGGACGGAAUAUUCCUCGUCUGUUGGAGCGGACAAAACCGUCGCACCUACAGUCCUCGUGGAGAACCCUUGGGAUAAAGACUUGAUUCGCAAAUUCUUAUCAGAGCUUCCUAAACCGCUCCACACCUCCGCCAACUACUUUGAAUGGAAAUCUCCUCUGCCGCCCAUCAGACCGAGGGCGGAACUCCCCCUGGGCUCCAGCUCGUUCCACGUGGACUGCCUGCUGGGACAGGGAGCUUUUGCUCAAGUCUACCAGGCUUCCCUUCUGGAUGCGAGGAACCCGAGAAACAACCAGAAAGUCAUAUUCAAGGUGCAGAAGCCUGCCAGCCCGUGGGAGUUCUACAUCGCGACACAGCUGGUGGAACGGCUCAGUCCCAGCACUCGCCACCUCUACAUCCACUUUUACUCUGCUCAUUUCUUUCAAAACGGGAGCAUUUUGGUGGGCGAGCUCUACAACUACGGAACGUUGCUGAAUGCCAUAAACAUUUACAAAAAGCUUCCUGAGAAGGUGAUGCCUCAAGCACUUGUCAUCUAUUUUGCUGUAAAAAUUCUUUAUAUGGUGGAAGAGCUCCACAGCUGCAAGAUAAUUCACGGUGACAUUAAACCCGAUAAUUUCAUACUUGGAGAAAGGUUUCUGGACAACGAUACGUGUGACAUCGAUGGUCUCUCUCACGGCUUGACGCUCAUCGACUUGGGGCAGAGCAUAGACAUGAAACUUUUUCCCGAAGGGACGGCGUUUACUGCCAAGUGUGAGACCUCUGGGUUCCAGUGUAUCGAGAUGCUGACUCAGAAACCCUGGAACUACCAGACAGACUACUUUGGCAUCGCAGCGACGGUGUACUGCAUGCUCUUCGGCACCUACAUGCAAGUGAAGAAUGACAAUGGUGUCUGGAAGCCCGAGGGAACCUUCAGAAGGCUUCCCAACGCCGAGCUGUGGAAGCAGUUCUUCGAGAGGCUGCUGAACAUCCCCAGCUGCCGCAGCCUGCCCUCCUUGGGCGCCCUGCGCAAGGAGCUCAAGGACCUGUUCUGCAAGUCCUACGCCAAGGAGGUGAAGUUCUUUCGGAACAGGCUCGUCGUGCUGCUCAUCGAAAACAAGCGCUCACGGAAAUGAGCGCAGUUUGCACGCUUGCUGCUGUGAAAUCUUUUUGUAAUAACUUCAUUUCUAAAUAAACGUUCUUGGGGUGCA